CUGGACGAGCGUUGCUCCGCAUGGUCCUGGGCUGGGGGCAGGGGCUAGGGCCGGGUCCCGGGGUGAGCCGAAACCUGGGGGUCGGGCGGGGCGGGGAAUGGGGCGCAGUGAGGCUGGGAGCCGGCCCUGAGCUCGUCUUGCGUAGGGGUAGCCAGGCUUGGGGCGCCUGAGCUGGAGGCGGAAGCGUGAAAUAAGGACUGAGUGGGCAAAGAGAACCUGGGCUGAGACAUGGCCGCUUACCAACAAGAAGGGCAGAUGCAGCUUCCCCGAGCUGAUGCCAUUCGUUCACGUCUCAUCGAUACUUUCUCUCUCAUCGAGCAUUUGCAAGGCUUGAGCCAAGCUGUGCCACGGCACACUAUCAGGGAGUUACUUGAUCCUUCCCGCCAGAAGAAACUUGUAUUGGGAGAUCAACACCAGCUAGUGCGUUUCUCUAUAAAGCCUCAACGUAUAGGACAGAUUUCACAUGCCCAGAGGCUGUUGAGCAGGCUUCAUGUGCGCUGCAGUCAGAGGCCACCUCUUUCUUUGUGGGCCGGAUGGGUCCUUGAGUGUCCUCUCUUCAAAAACUUCAUCAUCUUCCUGGUCUUUUUGAAUACGAUCAUAUUGAUGGUUGAAAUAGAAUUGCUGGAAUCCACAAAUACCAAACUAUGGCCAUUGAAGCUGACCUUGGAGGUGGCAGCUUGGUUUAUCUUGCUUAUUUUCAUCCAGGAGAUCCUUCUUAAGUGGCUAUCCAACUUUUCUGUUUUCUGGAAGAGUGCCUGGAAUGUCUUUGACUUUGUUGUUACCAUGUUGUCCCUGCUUCCCGAGGUUGUGGUAUUGGUAGGGGUAACAGGCCAAUCGGUGUGGCUUCAGCUUCUGAGGAUCUGCCGGGUGCUGAGGUCUCUCAAACUCCUUGCACAAUUCCGUCAAAUUCGAAUUAUUAUUUUGGUCCUGGUCAGGGCCCUCAAGAGCAUGACCUUCCUCUUGAUGUUGCUGCUCAUCUUCUUCUACAUUUUUGCUGUGACUGGUGUCUACGUCUUCUCAGAGUACACCCGUUCACCUCGUCAGGACCUGGAGUACCAUGUGUUCUUCUCGGACCUCCCGAAUUCCCUGGUAACAGUGUUCAUUCUCUUCACCUUGGAUCAUUGGUAUGCACUGCUUCAGGACGUCUGGAAGGUGCCUGAAGUCAGUCGCAUCUUCAGCAGCAUCUAUUUCAUCCUUUGGUUGUUGCUUGGCUCCAUUAUCUUUCGAAGUAUCAUAGUAGCCAUGAUGGUUACUAACUUUCAGAAUAUCAGGAAAGAGCUGAAUGAGGAGAUGGCGCGUCGGGAGGUUCAGCUCAAAGCUGACAUGUUCAAGCGGCAGAUCAUCCAGAGGAGAAAAAACAUGUCACAUGAAGCACUGAGGUCAACCCAUAGCAAAAUAGAGGACAGAGGAGCUAGUCAACAAAGGGAAAGUUUGGACUUAUCAGAAGUGUCUGAAGUAGAGUCUAAUUAUGGUGCCACUGAAGAAGAUUUAAUAACAUCUGCAUCAAAAACAGAAGAGCUCUUGUCAAAAAAGAGAGAGUACCAGUCUUCCUCCUGUGUCUCCUCCACAUCCUCUUCCUAUUCUUCCUCUUCUGAAUCCAGAUUUUCUGAAUCUAUUGGUCGUUUGGACUGGGAGACUCUUGUGCACGAAAAUCUGCCUGGGCUAAUGGAAAUGGAUCAGGAUGACCGUGUUUGGCCCAGAGACUCACUCUUCCGAUAUUUUGAGUUGCUAGAAAAGCUUCAGUAUAACCUAGAGGAACGUAAGAAGUUACAAGAGUUUGCAGUGCAGGCACUGAUGAACUUGGAAGACAAGUAAAGCAAUGGAUGGCUUCAAUAUCCUUGGGCCCAGCAAAAGAUAAUGAAGGGAAUUGUUGGAAAUAGAGAAUUGAAAAUAUAAACAUUCAGAUAGAACAAUGUCUGUUCAUUAAAAUUAAAAAGUAUAAGUGUCUAGGCCA